CGAAGAGGUAAAGGGUGCUCCCACCAAAAGUAAAAGAACGAGGGAGAGGAGGCCGACAUCGCUUCUGGUUGGUAAUCCACCAUAUAAGAUGGUCUGACUGUGAUCCAAGUCAGGGGGUUGGGAAAAUGUCAUCUGUCGCUGCUGUUUUUGGAAGACCCACUUUUAUUCCAAGUCCAACGCGCUUGGUGAGACCUCCUCCUCCUCCUCACCAAAAUAUUUUUCCACUGACAUCAAGAUUGCAGGUUUGUAAGAAGAAAUUCCUAAAACAAAGCAGCCUGAUGACCGAGCCCAGCAGAUUCCGACCCGGUGAUGACCCUGGCGAUGGAGGAACCCUCGGAGCUUUGGAAGAGGAAGCUUUCGUUGAUGGGUCCUCCGGUCCUGCAGCUAGUGGACUCGAAGCUAUUGUUAAUAACUUGAGUAAGUGGCUGACUGCGGUACUCUUUGGCAUAUUUCUCCUUGUAAGGCAUGAUGCGGCUGCACUGUGGGCUGCUUGGGGUUCUGUUAUGAAUAUGGCAAUGGGAAUUAUAUUGAAGAGAUUAUUAAACCAAGAACGACCUGUUUCUAAUUUAAGAUCAGACCCGGGCAUGCCAUCUUCGCACGCUCUGUCCAUCUCCUAUAUAACUACAUAUAUCAUUCUAUCAGUGAUUCAAUAUUGGGGGUUGAAUGGAAUUACAGCCGCCAUCAGUGGGAUUUUUCUUUCAAUUGGGUCUUACUUUAGCUGGCUUCGUGUUUCACAACAGCUUCAUACAAUCAGCCAAGUCGUUGUGGGUGCUUUGUUGGGAACUGUCUUCUCAACGUUGUGGUUUUGGGCCUGGAGUUCUAUUGUACUAAAGGCAUAUGUAUCCAACUUGUGGGUUCAGAUUGUCGUCACCCUGGGUGCUGCUGCAUUUUGCACUGUAUUUAUUUUACAUGUUAUUAGGUACUGGGUUAUGGAACCAUUGACUUUGUACAUGUCUAGGAAAUUCUCAAGCUAACAUGCACUUUCUGAUAGUCUCAUUGAUAAUAAUCGAAACCUCCCCUGUCAGGGCAUUGGGAUCCAAUUGUUACAUCAAUCAUGGAGAAAUGAUAUUUCGCAAUUAUGUUCA